AUGGAGGACUCCAGAAGCUUGGAUUCACCACACCAAUUUGACCAGGCCGAUUCCACUAAUACAGAGACGAACCAUGACACAUCGGACUCUGACGACCAGUUCAGCGACGCAAGAUCGGGCCCGACCACUCCCAAUAUUCGAUCUCCCACCCCAAAAGUGAAUACGAAGCAAAAAGAGGCAUCUCAAAAAGAGGAUAUACUACCGGCUGGGGAGGAAGCGGGAGCCCCUGCCGAGGACGUCACGUCCAGGCAAUUACAUGCCGAAGUAGACGUGGAAGUGGAAAAGGCGGAGGAAAAGGCGGAGGAAAAGGCGGAGGAAAAGGCGGAGGAAAAGGCGGAGGAAAAGGCGGAGGAAAAGGCCGCAAACAGCGAGGACGGAGAAGACAAGGAAGAUGGAGCCGACAAUUUUGGUGAUGACUUUGACGAUUUCGAAGAGGGAGGGGAAGCCGACGACGACUUCGAUGACUUUGACGAUAACGACUUUGCUCAGCCAGAACCAGCAGCACAGCCGCUGACGCCAGUGACUCCUCAGCACAAGUCUUCCCCAUUUGCCAUUCCCGAUUUUGAUAGGCUCGACCCCGACGAAGUCCUCGAAGCAACAGAAGACAUACUCAAUACAUUAUACCCCCCCGAAUUGCUCGAAGUACCCGCCCCUCAAGCACUACCAAAAGAUGCGUCCGUAUUUAUCAACCCCCGUUCAGCCUCGCUGUGGUCGCAGCUAGUGGCGCCUCCGCCCCUUGCACCACCCGACUGGAUACGUUCGCGAACACGACGUCUAUUUCUCGUGUCACUCGGUGUACCCGUGGAUCUUGACGAGAUCCUACCGGCUUCAAAGCAAAAAAAACUGAUUCUUCCUUCACUCAACCUCAAAUCCUCGUCGCCGCGGGCAUCCAGCGACACCCGCGGCGGCGGCGGCGUGUCACAGCUGAGACAAGGCGAUGGCAACGCAUCGUCAACGUCUGUCGACUCCCAAGGCAAGCAACCUGUGGCGAAAACACGUAGAGGCCCACCAACGGAGCCAGACCUGGACCUCGUCGCCGCACGAUAUCUCUGUAAUACCACAGACGAGGCUCUGGCGGGCAUGACUGACGAGGAGCUCAAGGCGCACGUCAGCAAACUGGAGGCUAUGCAGGGCUCUGCCAGCGAUGUAUUAGAAUACUGGAAGAAGCGCACAGACGAGAAGCUUGGUGAUCGAGAGGCAUUUGAGGGGGUCAUAGAAAAUCUGGUCAAGCAUGCGCGAAAAGUACGAAAAUAA